ACCGAUUUCCCCUCAGCGCGGGAGCCGCCAUGGAGCCGCUACGGCCUUGGCUCGUCCCGUUCCUGCUGCCCGAGCACUGCUUCGACCGAUUCUUCCUCCACUUCCAGCUGCUCGACGUUCCGUGCUUGAAAAUCCUCCUGAGCAAAGUUCUGGGCUACGGGAUCGUGGCGGGAUCCGUCCUGGUGAAGGUGCCGCAGCUGCUGAAGGUUUGGGGGUCCCGCAGCGGGGGGGGGCUCAGCCUCCCCUCGGUGCUGCUGGAGCUGCUGGCCCUGGGGGGCUCGGUGGGCUACGGCUGCGCCAGGGGCUUCCCCUUCAGCGCCUGGGGGGAGUCGCUCUUCCUCCUCCUGCAGACCCUCACCCUCCUUUUCCUCAUCCUGCACUUCGGGGGCCGCACGGGCCGAGGGCUGGCGCUCGUGGCCGUUUUUGGGGCGUUUUUGGGGAUUUUGGUGUCACCUCUGACCCCGCUGAGCUUCGUCACCGCCCUGCAGGCCCUGAACCUGCCCAUCAUCAUCCUCAGCAGGCUGAUCCAGAUCGUCACCAACGCCCGGCAGGGCCACACGGGGCAGCUCUCGGGGGUCUCCACGGGGCUCCUCUUUGGGGGGGCCCUGGCCCGGAUCUUCACCUCCCUCACGGAAACCGGGGAUCUCCUCUUGGCCUCGACCUUCGCGGCCUCGGCCACCUGCAAUGGGGUCCUGCUGGCCCAGGUGCUGCUUUUGGGGGGCUCCCGGGACCCCCACCCCAAAAAGGAGUGACCCCAAAAAACCCCAAAAUCCCCCCAAAAAUCGCCUCAAAAAUUGAGAUUUUUUUGGGGUUUCAAAAGGGGAUUUUUGGGUCUGGGAAUCUUAAAUCUCACCUGGAAUCUUCCUGAGACCCCCCCCCCCCAAAAAUUCACCUGGGAUCCCAAAAUAUCACCCCCAAAAAACCCAAAAUUCCCCCAAAAUUAAAUUUUUGGGAUGAAAAGAGGAUUUUGGGGUGGUUCCUUUGCUCUGGGACCCUGAAAUCUCACCUGGGAUGAUCCCAAAUUUUUAUGGGACCCCCAAAAAUCUUCUCAGGGUCCCCCAAAACCUCAGGGACCCCAAAAUUCCCUCUCGGGACCCCCCAAAAACCCCUCGGACCAAGGAGGGGGAGGGGCAUGGGAAAUGGGCGUGGCCAAAGCGCCCCUCCCUUCCUCCCCCCUCCCAAAUAAAUUUGGGGUCCCCCCAUUCCAGGGGGGUCUCCCCCCCCUU